UGCCAAGUUGGCUAGUGGGGUGUUUGUUUACGUUUCGUUAUGCUAUUUUUUGGGUUGUAUGCUGCAUAAGAACAUCGCCAAGAUUUCGCAUUUGAGGGUGUUCCCUUAUCAGUGCAGUGUGGUUGCUCGAUCCAUACGCAUAUAGAGCCUAGAUACAGAUCGUAAUAUUUUUUUAGUGAUUCAUUGUAUGAGAACCUCGAAAAAUGGCAGCGGAAUUUCUCGCUGAGAAUAAUGUCUGCGGACAGACAAUCUUGCAGAUAGUAGCCGAAGGAAAUACGAUCAUCUGUGAGCUGCUGCGGUUGAAGGAAUUUAUACCGGAAGUUUUUUGUCUAAAAACGAAAGAAGAACAACAGAAAUAUGGAGAGAUUAUCAUGGACUUCAGCUACUUUCAAAUCGCUGACGCCCAGGAUGCAAAGAUUGAAGCGGAUGACAAGCUACAGGCUCUAGACGAGGAGAUCCGGGGGAACUAUUUGGUGAUUCUGAAUCGGUUCUACAUCGUUUUUGAGAGUAUACACAAGUACAUCAAGGAUCUGAACACAUUCAUAGAGGAGCUGAGCAUGGGAAUGUUCAUCCAGCAAUCAAUGGAAAAAGUUUUCCAAGACGAGGAAGGAAAGCAGCUAAUGUGCGAAGCCCUCUACUUGUACGGUGUAAUGCUACUGGUGGUUGAUCUCCAGAUACCCGGUAUAGUCAGAGAACGACUUCUGGUGGCGUACAACCGGUACAGCGCAUUGAAAACCGACGGUGACAGUAACAUAGACGAAGUAUGCAAACUAUUGCGUUCUACCGGUUUCAACGACGGAACUGCGUACAAUUCCAAGAAGGUGUUCACCUAUCCGGAAGACUACUUUAACCGCAUCCCAGUGGAUCCCAUCUACGUCGAAAUGGUUAUUGGUAGGUUGCGGUCCGACGAUGUCUACAAUCAGAUAUCGGUAUAUCCACUACCGGAGCAUCGAUCGACGGCCCUGGCCAACCAGGCCGGUAUGUUGUACGUGUGUUUGUUCUUCUCUACGAAAACGCUUCACACGCAGGCUGCCAAGAUGCGGGAGAUCGUAGAUAAAUUCUUCUCCGAUAAUUGGAUUGUAUCGUUCUACAUGGGAAUCACCGUCAAUCUAUUGAAUGCUUGGGAUCCAUUCAAGGCAGCAAAGUCCGCUUUACUGAACACGUUCGAUACGGUGAACUUGAAGGAAAUUUGUACUAAGCAAAAGCGCUCGAUGGAAACGUUGCUGAAUCGUACUAGAAAUAUUCUCAAAGAGGGCAACCUCACUGAGCAAAAACUGCUAGAUAACAUUCCAAAGGUUACGGCGCUGAUCCGCGAAUGCAAUCUAACGGUUCGAUGGGUUAUGCUACAUACCGGUGUUCCAGUUAUCGACGUCGGCAGUCCAGCUUCCCUAAAAAAGUGCAAACAGGUCAAAGACCUGAUUGAAGCCGAAAUAGACUUCAAAGGAAUUGAGUUUUUCGAGUUGCUGCUCAACACGGCUCAACUGGAAUCGAAAAUCAGAGAUAUCCUGAAGACACUGCUGGAUGAGCGAUUGCAACGGUGGGAGAGUUUCAAGAAGGAGGCUUGCGAACGGAUACAGGAUUUGGCAGAUGCCUAUUCAGGAGAAAAACCUUUCGGAAAAAUGAAGAAAAAUAUCAGUUUGAGCAAGUGGUUCUUGAACAUACGAAAGGAGAUCGACACUCUGAGCAACGAAGACAAAAUGUUGAGCGUUUCCGGGAGAACAAUUAUCCAGCUGAUUCAAGCUUUGGAAGAAGUACAGGACUUUCAUGAUCUGAGUAAAAACAUGCAGGUGAAACAGAACAUUGUAGAAACGAGGCAAUAUCUUCAUCAAAUGUUUCACACAAUCAGCAUCAAGGAAGACGAUUUGAUUAAUUUGCAAUUGAUUGGAGAUUUCAGUUACGCUUGGCGACUGAUCGACAGCUAUACUCCGAUGAUGCAGGAAAACAUCAAAAAGAAUCCCAUUCUAGUCAUCAAGUUGCGAUCUACUUUCCUCAAACUAGCAUCUGCGUUAGAAAUACCCUUACUGAGACUGAAUCAAGCUGAAAGUGAAGAUCUAAUGGAUGUGUCUAAAUACUACAGCAACGAACUCGCAAACUUUGUGCGUAAGGUCGUUCAAAUCAUUCCGGAAACGAUGUUCACAAUCUUGGCGCAAAUUAUUGAUUUGCAGACAAACGUCAUCAAGCAGAUUCCAAUGAGAUUAGAAAAGGAAAAAAUGAAGGAGUAUGCUCAGCUCGACGAACGAUUUGUCAUCGCUAAACUAACGUACUCCGUAUCAACCUUCACGGAAGGAAUCCUAGCCAUGAAGACAACCCUAGUAGGGGUUGUUGAGCUUGACCCGAAACAACUGCUUGAAGAUGGCAUCAGGAAAGAGUUUGUCAAGAACGUAUCGGAUGCAUUUCAUAGCAACUUGACCUUCAACCCAAAGGCCAAAGAGUCUGAACUGGAUACGAAACUGGCCGCUCUACAUCGCAUCAUCGAUGGCUACAAACGGUCAUUUGAGUAUGUCCAAGAUUACCUGAACAUCCACUGCCUCAGAAUAUGGAACGAAGAAAUGCAACGCAUCAUCAAUUACAACGUUCAACGAGAGUGCAACCCAUUUACGAAGAACAAGAUUCAGGAGUGGAAUUCCGAAUAUCAAAGUGACACCAUACCGAUUCCCAGCUAUGAGCCGGUCGACAUGGCCUCGGUCACAUUUGUAGGGCGGUUGGCUCGUGAAAUUUUACGGAUUACCGAUCCCAAAGUGACUACCUACAUCGAUAUCUGCACCACAUGGUACGACCAUAAAACCCACAAGGCUGUCCUCACAAAUAAAUUCGCUAGUCGUAUCAACGAAACCUUCGGCCCACCGGGUUUGGUUGGUCUGGAUAAACUCUAUUCGUUCAUGAUAACAUCGGAAUUGGAGAACUUCCUGCAGACCAUCCAACGCAAACUGCAGCAUGAGCCCCUAUGGUACGACGCUUUGAGUAACGUCGAAACCGAACUACACAAAGCCGAUUUUGUUGAAAAUCCGGCUAAAACCUAUGCCAAUCUGACGGCGACUUUCACCCGCAUUUGGCCACAGCUGCUGGACUGGAUACUGAGAAUCGGACAGAAGCAGAUCCUUCGAACGCACAUUGCUUUCGAGUUGAAUUGCAGCUGUAAGGUCAAAUCCACUAAACUGGAAUCAUCGCUAAGAGCUUUGAACGACGCGAUUCUGAUGGAUGUCAAGCGUCACACACUGGACGAGAAGAAACCCCUGCCCAGUGCUGAUCUGGUGUUUGAUCUGAAUCGAUACCUGGAAUGUGCGGGUUUGUACAACCCCUACAAGAAAAAGUACAUCGUUACGAAAAGCCCAAGAUUCCUACCGCUGUUGUCAUUCCUGUUCGUAAUUGUGCAUUUGCCGCGAUUCCAGUACAUGAAAAACGUGGACAGCUUGAUAGCCAAGAAAAAGAAUGACCCGAUUGAUGGGUUUCCGAGCAUGGUUGGAUUGCUAACACUCUUCCGGCAGUUUCAGGCGAGCGAAAUGGAUCUCUUCAUUCAGUAUUUGUGCCAGUAUGUGAUGUCCUUUGUGGACGUUAAUCUCAAAGCAAAGCAAGAACUCUGCCAGGAAGCGGUGAUGACUAUAAGGUUCCUAGAGACGUUUACUCGUGUGGCGGAUGUCGAGCGAAAACAGUUGGAGCGAUACAUUCCGGAUUCGGUUCUGAACCAGUACGAAUUUUUAUCAGGUGGAAAAUCAUCUUGACCUUCUGCCGAUUGGUGGUGCCUUCGAAAUUGAAAUACGCAACUCUGGCUGCGUUAUGCCUAUAUCCAAUCCAGAGCUUGGAAUAAAGUUUGUUACUAAGCCUUCCACAGCACUGCCCAGUAUGUAUUGAGUAUCCGAAAGACUUUCUCGUUCUUGGCAUCUGAAGACCUUUGUUCUUAAGAACACCAAAGAAUCUUCUCCCGGAUUAUCACAUUGCAUUUAUUUUGUCAAAACCAACUUUUUGAGUCUCCAAAG